CAAUUCUCCUAACCUCAUAAAUUUUGGUGAGCUGAAUUUGAUUAGUAAAAGUGUGUUAGAGUUUAUUUGGAAAUUACAAGCUUAUUUCUAAACAGAAUGGAAAUGGAAGUUGAUUUAGAGCAAACUGACGAAGAGUACGUGAUACAAAAGGCAAAAGAGGCUCUAAAAAUCGAUCCAUUUGCUGCCAAAGCCUGGAUGCUAACAGCCAAAUCUUUGUAUCCAAACAAUUUUUGGGUGCAGUUUGAAACGUACCUAAUCGAAAAAACCGCCGGUAAUGUCAAAGAAGCUGCAAAAUGUUUUAGUGAUUUGAUUGGUAAAUUUCAACAAACCCCCGAUCUUUGGAAAGAAAUCGAAAAAGUCACUGCCGCUCUACGCUGUGAAACUGUAUCCGAAGAUCCAGAAACGCUAUUCUUAUGUGGAAUGUUUAAGCACAUUUCCUCAGAUGUGCAACACAAGCUGUUGCUUUUUACAGCCGAUCACUGUGGAGAUACUAUGGAACAUUGUCGGUUACUUCUGCUGCUUUUGCAAAGAUUUCCUACGGCAAUUUCCAGUUAUGGUCCAAGGCUGGUAGACACUUUGCUGUACGCGGAAAAACAUGGCGUAGAUACACAAUAUCCCAUCAACUCAUACAGAAAACUACUAGUGUGCGAGCUUUUGCCACUCUUAGCCAAUCAAGAAAUAAAAUUAGACCUGGCUUCUAAACUAUUACUGAAACUGUUGUCUAAGUCGCUGGAGUAUUAUCUGUGCAUAUUAGGAAAAGCAAGUGCAACUUCCCAGGACAGUGAUGGCAAUAUGGAAACUAUUUGGUUCAAGUUAUUUUGUGUCAUUGCUUUUGUUGGAAGACAGCUGAGUUGGGAACCACAUUUGACCAACUUUGUCACUAAUUGGUCAAAAGAAAGCUACUGGCAGAAAAUUCUAAGUGCCUGGCAAAUGAAAGCGAAAGUAUCAGUCCAUGAUGACAAACAAUUGUUAUUUUGUUUAUCCAUAUUUUUCCUGCGUUGUUUACAAGAAUACAAUAUGAGCUUAGUGCCUGAACAACCACCAGGGCAAACUGCAACUUCCUACCUGUUAGUAGAAGGUUUUACAGAUCCCACCUUGCCUCAGCCGAUAUCAGAGCCUAAGAGCAAAAAGCGGAAAGGGGAUACAGAAAUAAUUCACAUGACCAAUCCACAUAUUUCGGUCCCCAAAUUAGAUUUGAAAGCUCUGCAAAGUAAUUUCUUAAUGUGUGUGAAUUGUUGGGACUUGAUUUCUGCCAGUGAAACUGUGCAUAGAGAAUUUAUCAAAAUUUAUUCCCAUUUACAACUGGACUCCUGGCUGUCUUUAUUCCUAAUAGACUAUGCAUUAUACAGGGCCAAAUAUGACGAAGCCAUAACGUGUGUGCAAAAGCUAACAGACAUUAAUGUUUUACUGGUCAAGUACAUUCGUCUAGCUAGUAUUUUGUACAUUAAAAAAAAUUUCCGUGCAUGCUUAGAACCGAUACUUCUUGCUCUCCCUCUAAUGCCAACGAACAACCCAGGUUGUUUAAGCACGCACCUAAUUGUGGGUGGAAAUCAACGACAUCUUCACUUUUUGCCUCUAACAAAAAUGGCGAUUUUACAGUAUUUGGUAAAAGUGUUGUUAAGGUGCAUUAAGGAAAAUAUGGGAAAACAUGGCUAUAGCGAACUUUCUAUUGGUCAUAUAUUUGUUCUGGUGCAGUUAGAUUGGCCACAGGAGGAAGAUUUUAUUCCAAUGCUUUUGGAGGAAAUCAAGCAGCAUCAAAGCUUUCAGUAUCAUCUUUUCCAGAGUUACAUUAUUAAUGUGGAUAUAAUGGAAGAACUGACUUACUUAUGGACACCCCAGGGAGGUCAAGUCAAUUUGGAAAUAUUACCCAAUUUGGGGAGUCAAAGACGAAUUGGGACAAGAGGAGCGGACAAAGGAGCAAAAGUCGAGUUGAAACAGGCGAUUAAACGGCAAGUCGCACGCAGCAAUGAAAAACUAGACGAUUUGUUAAUCAGCUUUUUACAAAGCGAACGAGCCCUAAUCAUGCAGGCGCUAGUAUGAUGGAGGCACGACAUAACAAUACUCCCUAUGAGUCCCUGAGAUCAGUUUGCAAACAGGCCGAAAAGACGAAAAACACGCAACGAUUUAACAAUUUUCCCAGUAUUUUCUUAUUCUGCAAAACCCGUUCAAAUGCCAGCACAAUAUUACCCUCAGGAUCGAAGCUUGGAGAUUGUAGCGAUUGACUGUUUUUCCCCACAGACCAACCUUCCUAUUGACCCUAAAAGUGAUCAUAUGGAAAUUGUUUCCAUUAAUAGUCAAAACGGGGAACAUUCCCAUAGUUAAAUCAGCAAUUACUCAUACAGGCGGGGGCGUGAAAAUCUUUUUGUUUGGAAAGUGUCAAAAAAACAUUGCGACUGUGCCGAUUGUUCUUUUUUACUUCUUUAUCUAUGUACAUAAUAUGAAUCUUCUGUCGCAUACACGAUUUCUUUCGGAACAUAUGACGCAAAGAGUAAUUGAAGAAAAAUGGCACAAAGAGUAAUUAAGUUAGAUCCACUUCAUUUUUCUUGUUCAGUUCUUCAGUUGAGUUAAAGCCCAGUUACACGGUCAAGCCGUUUGAACAAACUGGAUCUGAACGAAAAUCUGGCGUUUACACGUUCAGUUCGUUUUACUCAGAUGUGACUUCACAUCCCCCCAAAAUUGUAUUGUUGCCAACAAGAUGGAACAUUUGGGGGAAUAAUUAAUUUUUGCAACGGCUGCAGUGUGUGUUAUAAAGAAAAAUAUGAACUUGACAACUAAAAGAAAAUAGUGUGCGGUCGCUAUAAUUUUUAUUUUUGUCUUUCCUCAGAAGAGGAAACGACUUGUAGGAAUCAAUAAAGUCACACAUUUACCAAUUUUAAGAAUUCUUUUUUUAAUAAACUAAAUGAUUUUAUAUCAUUUUUUAUGACAUUUUUCGUGUUUCAUCAACAUGUUUCUUUUGGACCCGCAUUUUGAAACCUAUUACCAUAGUGGAACUGGAACGUUGUAACCUAAACAGAAAAGCAACCGUUUAUCAAUCACACUUCUAGCGUUUAAACGUAACGAUUUGCUUAAACGAUCGGGCUUGUGCAAAUGGAUUGAGCGUGUAAACGGCACUUUAUACUCAUACUCAUCUUUAUCUAUGUACGGAUAUCAGUCUUUAUCUAUGUACGGAGUGGCAGCCGAAGGUCUGAACCAGAGUAAUCCCUUGUCUCUGGUCUGAACCAUGUGUCACUUUUUUAUGCAUGAACGUUUGAAGUACAGCAUAUGUUUUCAGGUACACUAGUGUUUACGAUCCUUUUUAAUUGCUUUGAAGCCAUUAUUAGUGUUAAUCGUUGCUUAAGAGUAUAAUGUGUGAAACACGUGUUGCUAUGAAUAUGAGGCUCAAUUGUGAUAAAAAUGUAGAAAAUGAAAUAAAAUAAUAAUUUUGUAGAAA